UUCUGAGCUCUCAUCAUGGCGGCGGCGGCCGCGGCGGCUGUCGGCGGUCCGCAGCCGUCCCAGCCCGAGCCGCCCGCGCCGGGGCUGGCCCUGGACAAGGCAGCCACCGCCGCGCACCUGAAGGCGGCCCUCAGCCGGCCGGACAACCGAGCGGGCGCUGAGGAGCUGCAGGCGCUGCUGGAGCGGGUGCUGAGCGCCGAGCGGCCGCUGGCUGCGGCUGCGGGCGGCGAGGAGGCGGCGGCGGCGGGUGGCGGGGGCGGUCCGGGGGCGGCCGAAGAAGAGGCCCUGGAGUGGUGUAAGUGCCUUCUGGCGGGCGGCGGCGGCUACGACGAAUUCUGCGCGGCGGUGCGGGCCUACGACCCUGCGGCGCUCUGCGGCCUGGUCUGGACAGCCAACUUCGUGGCCUACCGCUGCCGGACGUGCGGCAUCUCCCCCUGCAUGUCGCUGUGUGCCGAGUGUUUCCACCAGGGCGACCACACCGGGCACGACUUCAACAUGUUCCGCAGCCAGGCCGGGGGCGCCUGUGACUGCGGUGACAGCAACGUGAUGCGGGAGAGUGGGUUUUGCAAAAGGCAUCAAAUUAAAUCAAGUUCAAAUAUUCCCUGUGUCCCCAAAGAUUUACUGAUGAUGUCUGAAUUUGUACUUCCAAGAUUUAUUUUUUGUCUUAUUCAGUACUUAAGAGAAGGCUAUAAUGAACCAGCAGCUGAUGUACCAUCAGAAAAAGACCUUAACAAAGUCCUUCAGCUUUUGGAACCUCAAAUUUCCUUUUUAGAAGACCUCACUAAAAUGGGAGGAGCAAUGAGGUCUGUUCUUACUCAGGUUUUGACAAACCAACAAAGCUACAAAGAUCUGACUUCUGGUCUUGGUGAAAAUACUUGUGCGAAGAAAAGUCAUGAAAAGUAUCUUAUAGCUUUGAAGAGCUCUGGACUUACAUAUCCUGAGGAUAAGCUCAUAUAUGGUAUGCAGGAGCCAUCUGCUGGCACUAGCACUCUGGCAGUUCAAGGUUUUGCGGGUGCAACAGGAACCUUGGGACAAGUAGAUUCUUCAGAUGAGGAGGAUCAAGAUGGGAGUCAAGGUCUGGGCAAGCGAAAGAGGGUAAAACUAAGCAGUGGCACCAAAGAUCAGUCCAUAAUGGAUGUUUUGAAACAUAAAAGUUUCCUAGAAGAACUAUUGUUUUGGACUAUAAAGUAUGAAUUUCCCCAGAAGAUGGUAACUUUCUUACUCAACAUGCUUCCAGAUCAAGAGUAUAAGGUUGCUUUUACAAAAACUUUUGUUCAGCAUUAUGCUUUCAUUAUGAAAACACUGAAGAAAAGUCAUGAAUCAGACACAAUGUCUAACAGAAUUGUGCAUAUUAGCGUUCAGUUGUUCAGCAAUGAGGAGCUAGCCAGACAGGUAACAGAAGAAUGUCAGCUGCUGGAUAUUAUGGUCACUGUAUUACUAUACAUGAUGGAAAGUUGCCUUAUUAAAAGUGAACUACAAGAUGAAGAAAAUAGUUUACAUGUGGUAGUGAACUGUGGAGAAGCAUUACUGAAGAAUAACACUUACUGGCCUCUCGUUAGUGAUUUUAUUAAUAUUCUUUCUCAUCAAAGUGUGGCUAAGAGAUUUCUGGAGGACCAUGGUUUGUUAGUUACGUGGAUGAACUUUGUGUCUUUCUUUCAAGGUAUGAACUUAAACAAGCGAGAGCUAAAUGAGCAUGUGGAAUUUGAGUCUCAGACCUACUAUGCUGCCUUCGCUGCUGAACUUGAGGCCUGUGCACAGCCAAUGUGGGGGCUCUUAUCACAUUGUAAAGUUAGGGAAACUCAAGAAUAUACCCGAAAUGUUGUUAGAUAUUGCCUUGAAGCUCUUCAAGACUGGUUUGAUGCUAUUAACUUUGUAGAUGAGCCAGCACCUAACCAAGUCACUUUUCAUCUGCCACUACAUCGUUACUAUGCCAUGUUUUUGAGUAAGGCUGUGAAGUGUCAAGAACUAGAGCUGGAUUCUGUUUUACCAGAUCAGGAAAUGUUAAUGAAACUAAUGAUUCACCCACUCCAAAUUCAAGCAAGUCUUGCUGAAAUCCAUAGCAAUAUGUGGGUAAGAAAUGGUCUGCAAAUCAAAGGGCAAGCCAUGACCUAUGUACAGUCUCAUUUUUGUAAUUCCAUGAUUGAUCCUGACAUUUACCUGUUACAGGUCUGUGCUUCUAGACUUGACCCAGAUUAUUUUAUUUCAUCUGUCUUUGAAAGAUUUAAGGUAGUGGAUUUGUUGACAAUGGCAUCGCAACACCAAAAUACAGUACUCGAUGCAGAGCACGAGAGAUCAAUGUUAGAAGGCGCUCUUACAUUUCUUGUGAUUCUCUUGAGUCUUCGUUUGCAUUUAGGAAUGUCUGAUGAUGAGAUUCUUAGGGCAGAGAUGGUAGCCCAGCUGUGUAUGAAUGACAGGACACACAGUUCACUGUUGGACCUCAUUCCAGAAAAUCCAAAUCCCAAAAGUGGCAUUAUUCCAGGCAGUUAUAGCUUUGAAUCAGUUUUAUCAACUGUAGCUGAUUUUAAGGCUCCUGUUUUUGAACCUGGAGGUUCUAUGCAACAAGGCAUGUAUACUCCCAAAGCUGAAGUCUGGGAUCAGGAGUUUGACCCCGUCAUGGUCAUUCUUCGAACAGUUUACCGUAGAGAUGUGCAGUCUGCAAUGGACAGAUAUACAGCAUUCUUAAAACAGAGUGGAAAAUUCCCUGGAAAUCCCUGGCCCCCCUAUAAGAAAAGGACACCACUCCAUCCCAGCUAUAAAGGUCUCAUGAGACUUUUGCACUGUAAAACUUUACACAUUGUGCUAUUCACUCUGCUUUACAAGAUUCUGAUGGAUCAUCAAAAUCUGUCAGAACAUGUUCUCUGCAUGGUUUUAUAUCUGAUUGAAUUAGGACUCGAAAAUUCUCCUGAAGAGGAAUCAGAUGAAGAGGCACCAGUGGGUGGACCAGAACGUUGCCAUGACAGUUGGUUUCCUGGAAUUAACUUAGUAUCAAACAUGCGACACUUUAUAAACUAUGUUAGAGUCAGAGUUCCAGAGACAGCUCCUGAAGUGCGAAGAGACUCACCUGCAAGUACUAGUUCUGAUAGCUUGGGUUCUUUACAAAAUUCGGGUACAGCUCAAGUUUUCAGCUUAGUAGCAGAACGUAGAAAGAAAUUUCAGGAGAUCAUCAAUCGCAGUAGCAAUGAAGCAAAUCAGGUGGUUCGUCCCAAAACUUCAAGUAAAUGGUCUACUCCUGGUUCAGCUCCACAGUUAACUACAGCCAUUUUGGAAAUAAAAGAAAGCAUAUUGUCUUUGCUAAUUAAACUUCACCACAAACUCUCAGGAAAACAAAACUCCUACUAUCCUCCUUGGCUAGAUGACAUAGAAAUUUUAAUCCAACCAGAAAUUCCUAAAUAUAGUCAUGGAGAUGGUAUAACUGCAGUAGAAAGAAUUUUACUAAAAUCUGCAUUGCAAAGCAGAAUGAACAAGCGCAUCAUUGAAGAGAUAUGUAGAAAAGUGACCCCUCCUGUGCCACCCAAAAAAAUCACUGCAGCAGAGAAGAAAACAUUGGACAAAGAAGAAAGGCGACAAAAGGCUAGAGAGAGGCAGCAGAAAUUGCUUGCAGAGUUUGCUUCACGACAGAAAAGCUUCAUGGAAACUGCCAUGGAUGUUGACUCUCCUGAGACGGAUAUUCCUAUGGAGAUAACCACAGCAGAACCACAAGUUUCUGAGGCAGUAUAUGACUGUGUUAUUUGUGGACAGAGUGGCCCCUCCUCUGAAGACCGACCUACAGGAUUGGUUGUACUGUUACAGGCAUCUUCAGUUUUAGGGCAGUGCCGUGACAGCGUUGACCCAAAAAAGCUGCCGAUCACUGAAGAGGAACAGAUUUACCCUUGGGAUACAUGUGCAGCGGUUCAUGACGUGAGACUUUCAUUAUUACAGCGCUAUUUUAAAGAUAGUUCCUGUCUCUUGGCCGUAUCAAUUGGUUGGGAAGGAGGUGUUUAUGUACAAACCUGUGGCCACACAUUACAUAUAGAUUGUCAUAAAUCUUACAUGGAAUCGUUACGGAAUGACCAGGUUCUUCAGGGCUUCUCAGUGGACAAAGGAGAAUUCACGUGUCCUCUCUGUAGGCAGUUUGCUAACAGUGUUCUUCCUUGUUAUCCUGGAACCAGUAUGGAAAAUAACCUUUGGCACCGUCCUAGUAACAAAAGCAUACAAGAUCUCAUAAAGGAAGUAGAGGAGCUACAGGGACGGCCGGGAGCUUUCACAGUAAGCAUCAGUUCAGAAACCAACUUAAGUAAAGAAAUGGAAUCUGUAAUGAAAGAUAUCAAAAAUACCACUCAGAAGAAAUACAGAGACUAUAGCAAGACCCCAAGCUCACCAGAUAAUGAUUUUCUCUUUAUGUACUCUGUUGCUAGAACCAAUUUGGAGCUUGAAUUAAUUCAUCGAGGAGGCAAUUUGUGUUCAGGUGGUGCAAGCACAGCUGGCAAAAGGUCUUGUUUGAAUCAGUUGUUCCAUGUAUUAGCCUUGCACAUGCGGCUCUAUAGCAUUGAUUCAGAGUAUAAUCCCUGGAGAAAACUCACUCAGUUAAUAGAGGACAUGAAUUCACAGUGUCGUCGAGUCAGUUCUAACUCAACGGCACCCCUGUGUACAACAGAAGGAAACGCUGCCUGACCCUGCACCAUCCUUACAAUCAUUGCUAUGUUUGAGUCCAUUGUUGCAGCCACUGUGUCAAUCCAUCUUUUUGAGGGUCUUCCUCUUUUUGCUGACCAUCUACUUGAGAAGCAUGAUGUCCUUCUCCAAGGACUGGUCCCUCCUGAUAACGUGUCCAAAGUACGUAAGACGAAGUCUUACCAUCCUUGCUUCUAAGAACGUUGUGGUUAUACUUCUUGCUAGACAGAUUUGUUCAUUCUUCUGGCAGUUGAUGGUAUAUUCAAUAUUCUUUGCCAAUACUGUAACUUAUAGGUGUUCAAUUCUUUUUCGAUCUUCCUUAGUCAUUGUCCAGCUUUUGCCUGCAUAUGAGGCAGUUGAAAAUAUCAGGGCUACGGUCAGGUGCACCUUAGUCCUCAAAGUGACAUCUUUGCUUUUGGACACUUUAAAGAGUCUUUUAUAGCAGAUUUGCCCAAUGCAAUAUGUCUUUAAGAUUUCUUGACUGCUGCUUCCAUGGGCAUUGAUCGUGGAUCCAAGUAAAACGAAAUCCUUGACAACAUCAAUCUUUUCUCCAUUUAUCAUGAUGUUUUUUAUUGGUCCAGUUGUGAGAAUUGUUGUUUUCUUUAUGUUGAGGCAUAAUCCAUACUGAAGGUUGUAGUCUUUGAUCUUUCAUCAGAAACUGCUUCAAGUCCACUUUACUUUUCAGCAAGUAAGGUUGCAUCAUCUGUGUAUCACAGGUUGUUAAUUAGUCUUUCUCCAGUUGUCAUGCCCCAUUCUUCAUAUAGUUCAGCUUCACGAAUUAUUUGUUCAGCAUACAAAUUGAAAAAGUAUGGUGAAAGGAUACAACCCUGAUGCAUACCUUUCCUGAUUUCAGACCACGAAGUAUCUCCUUGUUCUGUUUAAGCGACUGCUUCUUAGUCUGCAUAUAGGUUAGUGUGAGUACAAAAAGUGUUUUGGAAUUCCCAUUCUUUGUAGUGUUAUCCAUGAUUUGUUAUGAUCCACACAGUUGAAUACCUUUACAUAGUUAAUAAAACACAGGUAAACAUCUUUCUGGUAUUCUCUGCUUUCAGCCAAGAUCCAGCUGACAUCAGCAGUAAUCCUUGUUCCACGUACUCUUCUGAAUCCGGCUUGAAUUUCUGGCAGCUCCCUGUCGAUGUUUUUGAAUGAUUUUCAGCAAAAUUUUACUUGUGUGUGACAUUAAUGAUAUUGUUUGAUAAUUUCCUCUUUCUGUUAGAUUGCCUUUUUUUGGAAUGGGCACAAAUAUGAGUAUCUUCCGGUCAGUUAGCCAGGUAGCUGUCUUCAACAUUUUUUGGCAUAGAUGAGUGAGCGCUUCCAGCAUUGCAUCCAUUUGUUGAAGAGUCUUAAUUGAUAUUCCAUCAAUUCCUGGAGCUUACUUUUUUCACCAAUGCCUUUAAUGCAGCUUGGACUUCUUCCUUCUUUACCGUCUGUUCUUUAUCCUAUGCUACCUCCUGAAAUAGUUGAAUGUCAACUAGUUCUUUUUGUUACAGUGACUGUAUAUUCCUUCCAUCUUCUUUUGUUGCUUUCUGUACCAUUCAGUAUUUUUCCCAUAAAAUCCUUCAGUAUUGUAACUUGAGGCUUGAAGUUUUUCUUUAGUUCUUUCAGCUUGAGAAGUGUUGAGCUUGUUCUUCUCUUUUGGUUUGUUGACUCCAGGUCUUUGCACAUUUCAUUGUAGUACUUUGUCUUCUGGAACUGCCCUUUGAAAUCUUCUGUUCAUCUCUUUUACUUUAUCAUUUCUUCCUUUCGCUUUAGCUACUUUACGUUCAAGAGCAAGUUUGAGAGUCUCUUCAGACAUCUAUUUUGGUCUUUUCUUUCUUUCCUGUCUUUUUAAUGACCUUUUGGCUUUCUUCAUGUAAGAUGUCUUUGAUGUCAUUCUACAACUCGUCUGGUCUUGGGUUAUUAGUGUUCAAUGUGUCUAAUAUAUUCUUGAGAUGGUCUCUAAAUUCAGGUUGGAUAUACUCAAGGUUGUAUCUUGGCUCUGGUUUACUUGUUCUAAUUUUCUUUAGCUUCAACUUGAACUUGCAUUUGAGCAAUUGAUGGUUGUUCCACAUUCGGCCCCUUGCCUUGCUCUGAUUGAUGAUAUUGAGCUUCUCCCUCGUCUUUUUCAGUAGAUGUAGUCAAUUCGAUUCCUGUGUAUUCUUUCUGGAGAGGUCCAUGUGUAUAGUGGCCAUUUAUGUUGUUGUAAACAGAUAUUUCCAAUGAGUAGGUCAUUGGUCUUACAAAAUUGUGUCAUGCAAUCUCUGGCCUCGUUUCUGUCACCAAGAGCAUAUUUUCCAGUUACUGAUAUUUCUUUGUUUCCAACUUUUGUGUUUCAAUCACCAGUAAUUGUUACUGCAUCUUGAUUGCAUGUUUGAUUAAUUUCAGACCACAGAAGUUGCUAAAAAUCUUCAUUUUUUUUCAUCUUUGGCAUUAGUGGUUGAUGUAUAAAUUUGAAUAAUAAUGGUAUUAACUGGUUUUCCUUGUAGGCAUAUGGAUAUUAUCUUAUCACUGAUAGCAUUGUAUUUCAGGCUAGAUCUUGAAAUGUUCUUGAGAAUGAAUGUGGCGUCGUUCCUCUUCAGUUUGACAUUCCUGGCAUAGUAUACCAUGUAAUCAGAACGGUCGAUAUCAGGCCAUUUCAGCUCAAAAAAAUUUUUAAUGCCUAGGAUAUCUAUCUUCAAGCGUUCCAUUUCAUUUUCGACGUCUUUUAAUUUUACUAGAUUCAUACCUCGUAAUUCCACAUUCUGAUUAUUAAUGAAUGUUUGCAGCUGUUUCUUCUUAUUUUGAGUCUUGCCACAUCAGCAAAUGAAGGUCUUGAAAGCUUUGCUCCAUCCAUAUCAUUAAGGCUGACUCUGCUUUGAGGUAUGACCUUGAGUAUAUUCCACCUGAAUUUAGAGACCAUCUCAAGAACAGAUUUGAUGCAUUGAACAUUAAUGACCCUUAAUAGAGUUUGUACCAUUUUGCUUUUUCUCUUGCAGUAUAAGAGAGUGCAGUUUCCUCACAGCCUUGCCAAUAGAAUACGUCCAACUUUUUAGAUUUUUUUUUUGCCAAAUCAGAAGAGAAGAUAUGAUAUUCCCGUGUCAUUUUAGUUUUCGUUUCUCUUAGUAUAAAUGCAGUUCAACAUUUAAUGGCUAUCUGCAUUUUCUUUUUAUAAACUCUCUAAUCUGUUGCCCAUUUAAAAAAAAUGAAUUGGUUUUUUCCUCUCCAGUUUUAGGACCUAUUUAUGUAUUAUGGAUAUUAAAUCCCAUUGCUGACGAGUUGAUUCUGACUCAUAGCAACCCUUUAUUUGUGUUUUCCUUUAUUAAUUCUGGUUUUUGAAUUAUAGUUAGAAAACAAAACAAAAAAAAAGGCCCUGGUUAUAAAGAGAUUUCUCCACGUUUUCUUUUAGUAUUUUUAUGAUUUUAAAUUUUAGGUGUAUUCCUCUAAUCCAUUUGGAAUUUAUAAGGAGUGGAUCCAAUUUUAUUUUUUUCAUAUAACUAUCAAAUGUUCUGCUGCGUUGUCUUUCCCACAGUAGUAAGUUAAAGCAGGUUCACACAUACCUGGAUUUACAACAGAGGUGGCAUUGCAGAGCAGUGGGGGGAGAAUAAUCUUUAUAAUAAAUAAAAACUGAAAAACCAAAUCCAUUCCUGUGAAGUCAGUCUGACUCAUAAUGAUGCAAUAGGACAGAGUAGAUCUGCCCCCAAAGGGUUUUCAAGGAGCAACUGGUGGAUUAGAACUGCUGACCUUUUUGGUUAGCAGCCUUAGCUCUAAAUCACUGUGCCAAAUCUGUUUGAUUUCUGAUGAUGUUAAGUAUUUCCAUAUCUAUUAGACAUUUGCGUACACUGUGAAAUUUCUAUUCAGGGCCUCUAUUUUUUUCUAUUGGCAUCUUAAUUAUUUUCUAAUGAUCUGAAUGUUUUUUUAUGUUUUAACAUAUUGAACCUUAUUUUUUCAAAUUUGUUGACCUUUUUUUCUAAAAUAUGUUUGCCUUUUAACUUUGUCAUUUUUUUCUUGGCAUCAAAAAAUCUGUUGCUGUCAAGUUGAUUCUGACUCACAGCAACCCUAAAGGACAGAGUUGAACUAUCCCAUAGGGUUUCAGGAAGCAGCUGGUGGAUUUGAACUGCUGACCUUUUGGUUAGCAGCCAACCUCUUAACCACCGUGCUACCAGGGUUCCAAAAUGGGAUUGGAAAGGUGAGCAACUUGCUCAAGUUUGUAUAGCAAGGAAUUGGGUGUAUGUGGACUUCCAGUCUGUUGUGUGCCAUCAGUCAAUUUUGUCAAAUCCAUCAGACUUUGUAUUUGUUUCCUUUUUUUUUCCCUAUUACUUUCAUACUUACACUGCCCAUCCGCAUUCAGUACACAUGAGGACAGUAAUAAAUACGGCGAACAUUUACGUCAUGCUGCUCAUCUUGUGCCUUGCAAGUAUAAUCUCAGUCUAAAAUCUUAUAACCUGUAUGUUAACUACAAUUUACAUUUAUAGCCAAAAUCCGGUAUUUACUUUUAUAGCCAAUAUUACAAUGUGUUCCCAGUCUUAGGAUUUGCAGUAUUGAGCUGUUUUUUCUUCUUACAGUUUUCUUAGGGAUGAUUUUUAAAAAUAUAUAAUCUACUUGGACUUUAUUUUCAUCAUCAUUAUUAGGUGAAAAUCUAAAAUUCAUUUUCAAAUAACCAGCUAAUUUUUCCAGCAAUUUUGUAUCCUGUUUAUUAUGUAAAAACCAGUUGUAGUCAAGUCAGUUCCAACUCAUGGUGAACCCAUGUGUUUCACAGCAGAACUGCACUCCCUAGGGUUUUCAUGGAUGUAACCUUUGGAAGCAGAUAGCUAGUCUUUUCUUCUGAGAGGCCUCUGGGUGAGUCCAAACUGCCAGUCUGAAUGGUCACAGCCAAGCGUUUAACCAUUUGUGCAACACAGCGGGUCCUUAUUAUAUAUUAUUUAUAUAUUAUAGGCCUGUUUAGGAGCUUUCCCCUUUGUUCUCUUGACCUCUGAGCCUAUUUCUAUGACAGUACCAUGUUUUAACUUAUUGAAGAGAUAUAUUAUGUAUAAAUAUUUGGUUGGGUUAGGUUCUUAUCCUUCCCCACAUCUCUCAAUUUUUAUUUGCUGUUCUCACUUGUUUAUUCUUCCAGGUGAUCUUUAGAAACAUUUUCUAAACCCUUCCUCUCACUUGUGACGUUGAUUAAAAUUAAUUUAAACUCAUUAAUCUGAGAAGAACAGGUAUCGUUGUAAUGUAUAGUCUUCUCAACUAGGAACAUUCCCGUUCUUUUAAUACUUUUUUUUGUAUCGUGCAAAAUGUUUGAAGUUUUUUUAUAUAAAGGCUAACUUCAACUUGUUUCUCAGAUCAGAACUUAAACUUUUAGUUUGGUGAACUUCCCUUUCAUAAAUGCCUCCUUCCCCUACCCCCUGCUCUGCCUCCUUCCUGCCAGCCUCAACCUCAGAAGACCCUCUUAUUUGUUCUUGUUGCAUAGCAGGUUUACAUAUAUUGUAGCAGUCUUUGCACUUUGUUGUAGUUGCCUAUUAACCUGUCCUUGGAGACUUUUCACACUCAUUGAUCAAAACCCAUGAUACACAGUGCCCUCCCUGGUCUGGUCCCUGUUGGCUUUGAUCCUUCUCCUGCACAUGCAGCCUUGGCUCUUCCUCAUGUUCCUUAUGCGCUGACAUUCCAAACAUGCUAGAU